UGGAGGAUGAGCAGUUACUUGAACGCCAAUCGGUCGUUCGGCCUCGGUUAUGGCAAAAACCAGUAGCGCUUGAAGUUGCGAUUAAGAACAGGUUCCAUGUUAUACCUCAAAAGGCGUCUGAGUGCUGUCAAAGUUUAUAUUUAAAACUAACGGUAUGUACUAUCGUUCAAACUUCCAAAAUCUUCUUCAUAGCGUUUUCGUGCAAAAACCUACAAGGAAAUGAGUAGUUCAUCUUUUCGUGCGGCGCUGCGGGAACGGGCGUCUUCGAGUUUCCGUUUCGCUCAGACGCAGACAAAAAAAAUGCGGAGAGACGGAGUCGCGAAAACAGUCCAGGCUGCGACUGGACAAGUGGGUCGUGCUUAUGUUAAGCCUUCGGGAAUAAGUGAGACUGUAUUCACGCCGGUCCCUGUUUUGGUACAAUGCAAAACAUUUAUUUCGCAGAAGUGCACAACCUAAUUCAUCAGGCGAAACAUCCCUCUGUCUGUACUAGAGGUCUUUAUUAGAAUGAGCGUGCACGUGAUCGCGUGAGCAGGGAAAACUAUCUUCUUAACCUUCUUCUGGGAAAUCAAACUAACAAGAUACUUUGAAAUUGGGUUUAUAAGUAAGAGAUCACUUUCACAUGGAGUACUAUAUUCUUUUGCCUCAUUCUUCUAAGCGGCACUAUGUACUGGAUAGUUGCGAGGAUUUUGCGAAAGAAUGGCGGCAAUUACAGGGCGGACAUUCUCAGCUUUCCCGUUGGGGAAUUUCUAGACACGAGAUGGACGUGAUCAGAAAGGUAAUCGAUUUUCCUGGUCUCCUUGUAUUGUUUAUUGUGAACAAAGUGAAGUCGAGAAAAGCUCGAAGAACUUGUUUGCAAUGGCUUUCUGAAUUAGUUGGAUCAUGGUAGACUGGCGAAUCACGACGGUCAUAAUUGGUUCAAAAUUGUGUAAGUAGUACCGCGGUAGGAUUAGAAUGAAUCUACUUAUUAACUGACAAUAUUUCUUGGGCUUCAUCAAUCAACUACGAAGUUGAAUCUUUAUCUUUAUCCUCUUUGAAGACGCACUUCUUCUACUUACUUCAAGAACAGGGUUACUAAUGUUGUUAUACUUUCCAUCUUUAUAUUCAAUCUGCUUUGCUCCUCAGCGUCCGUCAAGCGAAGCCAUGCGCAAUGUACAGACUGGCGAGAUAAGCUCGAGAUUCAACCAGGAGCAAGCGAAACGUGAGGCAGAGGCGAUGUACAAGCUCCCCCUAGCUGAGCGUCACCAGUACAUGAGAGCAAGAAGCAAAUACGGUGCAAUGAAUUCCACACUGGCAGAUCAAAAACAAGUAUUUAUGAACAGUAUUGCGUCACCAGUAUUUUACAGACGUACCCCUGGAUCGGGUUUACUACUCCUACUCCUCCUCCUCCUCCUACAUACUACAUACUCCUCCUACUUCUUCUCCUCCUACUACUACUCCUUACUACUACUCCUUACUACUACUCCUUACUACUACUCCUUACUACUACUCCUUACUACUACUCCUUACUACUACUCCUUACUACUACUCCUUACUACUACUCCUUACUACUACUCCUUACUACUACUCCUUACUACUACUCCUUACUACUACUCCUUCCUACUACUCCUUACUACUACUACUCCUACUACUACUACUACUGAACAGGAUUCAUUGCCGUAUCUAUGUAUACUAUGGUAUAGGUAUAAGCUAUGUAUACGUUUCCAUUUCAAUCAUAGCAAGUGAUGUCCUAGUUGUAGCUAUCCUCCCAGUCCUGUGAGCAGUCUGUCAGGUAGAUAGGAGAGUCACUCAGAAAAUUGAAAUCAGUGUGCCAAUGUAGAGGAAGAUGGACUGAAACUGAAUGACUGACUGUUAGUUUACUAACUCGCGAAUACAAUUUAUUGAAAAAUAUAUUAUAAGAAACUACUACUUUAGUACUACUUGUUCCACAAAAAUCCUCUACACUAGUUCCUUCGUUCGAGUACUACUUCCUGUACACUCAGUGCUCGGACUUCUAGAACAACCACUGGUGCAAUUUCAUCCUAGUACUACCGCUAUGGGUCUUUCAUAUUAGCCAGGAAAGAGUACGACAAGUUCAAAUCGAAGUGGACGCUUGUUUUUGUGGGUGUAUUAGGUGUCAGCUACUUUGGCGGAACGUAUUACGCGCAAUGGAGUUACCAAUGUUAAGGCUUUCACCAUGAGUGGUUCAUCCGAAAUCCAUCUCGUCCCACAAGAUCUGAUCUGCCAUCGCCGAAGCGUUUCUCGAGAUCAUGUUCUGGAAGUAUGUAAAGUGUAAAGAAGGACCGACGUGAGGUUGACGAGAAGGAUGUCUGGUGCAAUUUCUAACCUACGGAGAGCGAUCUGAGGCACCAGAACUCUUUGCGGAACCCACAUCUUGGUGCAGGUUGGGGACGACGCAAAGAUGACAGCGAGUUUGAACUUGUGACAUGAUGGAAUUUGGUAGAAUGUCGUGAGAUGAUGUAUGAUGUUUCUUAGAUGACCAAGCUGAAUCAUAACAGAGACACACACAUGCCUACGUGGGGAGACGUUGUUGACCUUCGGUUGAGUUACGAUUCUUCAAGGAUAAGUUUUACAUGAUCUAUUUCUAUCUAUUAUGGUACCAGCGGAGCUCGAUGUGCAGGAUCCAUAACCUAACCUCACCCUUAUGGUAACGGCAAGUGCCUAGCAACUCGCAAAUGCGCAUGUUCCUCGUUGUGCACUUAGAUGCAUUUGAUGUUCUUUUGUUUUUGAACGAGAACUAUAAAUUACAG